AACAAGAAAAGGAAUAUUCCUUCAAAAAAGAUUUUUGAUUAUGAUAAGAUGACUGAAGACAAAUGGGAUUCUUUCAGCAACAAAGUAGAUGCUUUGGCCAAUGGAUGCUACUUGCGAAAUCUUACCAACAAAUCCUCCUUCAACCAAAAUAAACUGAAUCUAUACUGGGAUCUCCUACAAGAAUGCAUUCUAAAAGCUGCCGAGUCCAAUAUCCCUUCGCAUCAAUCUAAAGGACAUCAUUCGAUGAAAAGACCACCGCUUUUGUCGAAAUUAUAUAAGAAAAUGAAAUUUUUGUACAAAUUUAAAAUAUUAGUCAGAGAUACUUCGACUAAUUUAGUAGUCUCACAGAAAUGGUCAACAUCAAUUGAUGAAUUCUACACGCUGCUAAAUGAAUUCAACAUACCUUAUGUCCGUUUACCUCCU